AGGAAGUGUGUGCGCAGAGCCGCUUCUCACCCGAAGCCGCGCCAUUGUCCUCCGUUUCUCAAGUUGUGAGCGGUUAAGCAGAAGCGUUCAUGACCAGCGCCGUUUCUUUGACUGACUGAGUUACAGUAGUUUCCGGUUUGAUUCGUGUUGAAUGAUAUUUAACCGUCCGGUGAGGAAUUUCAGGAGAUAUUCUGGACGGCUUCCCUGCAAGUCCGACUGGCACAAUGAUCACCAGAAGAAGACGCACGAUGAACACCGCGGUGCCGUCUCUGGAGGUCGAAGGGGUGGAGACUGUCGACGAUUUCUCAAGUCCAUCUGAGGGUUUCCCAUCUGAUGAUAUGGACACCGUUGGAGUAGAGCUAGAUGACCUAUUUGGAAUUGAAGACUUAAAAUUGACACUUGAAAGAGAUACUGCCUCUUUGCUCUUUGACAUGGAGUUGGAUGAUCUUGGUUUCAGCACCAAAGACCAAGAUUCAGAGGUAGAGCCUUCAAUAGGAUCGUCUUCAGAUAGAAUGUCAUCUGACUCGAGGAUGAAGAUGAUGCAAAACCAGUCAAACCACACGAUCAACAAAAACGCAGUCGCUGCCAGAUUGAAUCGUCUCAGGAAGAAAGAAUACGUCAACAGCUUGGAGAAGAAAGUCGGCAUCCUGUCAACCGAAAACAAUGUUCUGCGACAGGAAAACUCUCAACUGACGAAGAGGGUGGAAGAGUUAGAAGAUGAGACCAGGUACUUGAGGGCUGUGCUGGCCAAUGAGAGCAUGUUAGCCCAGCUCUUGUCCAGGCUGAGCGGUGUGAAUGGGAUGAAAUUAUCUUCCUCGCUUUUCCAGGGGUGCGACUCGAAUGACCACGACUACGCCUUGCCCAGAAAGCGGGUGAAAGUGGAGGAGAAAGAGACAGCAGGCGGCAUCUGUCUGCACGUGGACAAGAACCACGUCUCAGUGGAGUUCUGCACCAAGUGUGCAGAGAGUGCGAGCACGUCGAUCAAAAUGUAGGGUCAAGUACUUACCUCUGUUUUCAGAUAUUGAGACUUGAUAUGGCUCUGUACUGAACUUCUUGAGGGUGGAGGAACCCUGUUUUAGUUAAGAAUACCUAAGUACUGCUGAAUGUGCAUGUUCUUGUGUGUGAUGAUGGAUUGAGUACACAUUACUGCUAAACCUUGUUGACAGUUUCUUCUAGGUAAUGGUUGAUCCACCAUGCGGGAUGAGUGGCUUUCUGCACACCUUUACCUCCUUGACUCCAUGGUAAGGAUAAGACAAGAACAGACCUUUUUCUAGUUGUUUUUCACAGGCCUGAGACGUUCAGCAGCAACCUUAGUACUUCUGUUUUCAUACAGUUCUUCUUCCCAGUUAGUGGAUUUUUGAGUACUUUAUCAUUUAUUGUAUUCAUAGUUUGUUUUAGGAAAUGAUUUGAUUUGAAUUAACAUCUAACUGAGUUCAAUUGAAGUAUCAUGAAUGUUAAGAUGACGGUGAAGCUCCACAAAGAGAUCUUGUAUUGGCUGUCAAAUUGGAAAUGCUAAAAAAGAUUGUAAACGUUUUCUUUUGGAAAGAAUGGAUCUCUUUGUGAACCGGCGCCAUUGUGCAAAAGAAUGCUUUCAUUUAGCGCCACCUAUUUUUCUUUAUGCUAAAGUGGAUUCUGCUGGUGGAAGGUGAAGAGGCUGGACAAGCUGCCGCCAACGUGGCCUGGUAUUUUUUUUAAAGGUAGUAUCGGUAACAAAUGGUAUGCGUGAUCAUAUUUUUUGGGGGGGUGCUUGACUACAGCUGCUCAGUUACUCAUGAUGUGAUGUUAUCAGAGACUUGAUAGUCUCAUAAUUAUGUUCUGUAUAUAUUGACUUACUGUAAUGUAUUAAGUAAAUACAUCCAACACUUUCUGAUUUAAGUGCUGAAAUUGCCAGCUGUUAUGUAACUAAAUGUAAAUGUGUAUAUAAUUUGAAUACAUAUUGUUUGAGGCAAAUGGCUGGGAACAAAUGUUGGACAAAUAAAUCAAAUUUUCAUUAUGUUACUAUUAUCUACUGUGUCUUGUUCUGUACUUUUGAUAUUAAUGCUUCUCUUUUUCUCUUUCUAAACAGCAAGCUCUCUGCCGAUAAUGGUCUUGCUUUUCCUGAACAUUUGGGUCACGUCUGGUAAAGGUUGUCAAAACAAAUGACCAAGACCUCAUUUGAUGGAAAGCAUGCCGUAUGCGGGGACCCACAGGGAGUAAUCAUCCUGCCCAUGUUAGCCCAUUUACUUCAAACCAUAGAUGCAUACAUCAGUCAUUUUUCAACAAUUUGUUAGAAUAGAUGUUUUCAGGGCAGUCAUUGAAACGUGGCUCAGUUCCAGUAAGGGCUGGUUUUUCCAAUGAGCCAGCACAAAUGAUACCUGGAUAUCCUUAAGUGGAAUGCAGCCAUCCUUAAAAGGAUAGUUCUGAUUAAUUUGAUGUACUUAAUAUUCAAUGUACCUACAGUAGGUGGUGAUCAUUUGAAGGAAUGGGCAGUACUACCAAGACAAGCAAAGCUUCAGCGUCCUGCUGUUUGAUUGUUUUCACUGCUUUACAUUGCUGUCAGACCAUGUUGCAUCCAUCUUUGUUCUCUUCAAAGCCGCGAGGCUCCAUUGUCAAAAACGGUAUGGCUGUGGACAUAGGUGUGGAAAUAUAUAUACCUUUUUAUAUAGGUUUCCAAAAUACAUCCACAGCAGUACAUUGCUUUGCUGUAGUAUUGCACUGACGAUGGAGAAGUAGCUCAUACAUCUGAACUAUCCCUUAUAUUCAAUUAUUAUUUCUGACGAUGACGAGUCGAAAAUGUAUACUGUGAAAAGGGCUAACUUAAUAAUUAUUGGAUGGGCCUAGAUCAGUCUGCUUAAGCUGCGUCGUGCGCGCCUUUCUUGUCCUACCUCAUAACGGGGGAUAUAAAACGUUCUACUUGACAAAUUACUCCCGUGGGUUCCCAGCAAAACACCCGCCAAGUGUACGGUAUAUUAAGAGUGUGUACUCUUCUGAAGUCUCCCAGGGUGGAGCUUUCUUUGGUCCAGAUAUGAAUGUACAGUCCUGCAUUUUGGGGGAAAGGCUUAUUUGCUUUCUCGUUGACAGAUGGUACAAUCUCUACCAUUCUCCUGUCUCUGUUAAAAUAAAGCCACAGUCAGCUAGCUUAGCCUUUUUAUAGCUACUAGUUGUCUAGUGACUUACUGGAGUAUUGUCUCCGUCAGGUUGCCAGGCAACCAGUAGAAACUGAAAAGUUACUGUGUCAAAAUUUACAUUUUUACACUAAUGUUUUUGUACAAAUUAGGCAAAGCUGAUGUUAAAUUAAUAAUUUCAUGUCAAAUGGUGUCUGUUAGAUUCUGUUAGCGGAGGACAAUGUUCAAUUUUUUUUGGUUAAACUUGUUCAGUGUAGCUUCAUAUUGUCAUCAAAUAAGAUAAUGACCAUUAGCAGCUGAGCAGGAACCGUAGAUUUACUUGUCAAAUGGAAAUUUCACUUGAGAUAAUAAUACAUAUUUGGGGAGAUCCACAAAUGGCAUAUAAACAUUCAAUAAAUGUGUUGUAACACAUUAUCAUGUAGUAAGCAGUAGGACAUUUGAAGUGUACAAUAAUGUACAGCAUUUGUCAAGAAUUAUGACUAUGAAGAUAUUUUACUGUAUUACGAUAUUGUCAUUCAUUAUCUGCAGCCUUAUUGUGCCAUCAGGAGGAGCUUUAGUUGACAAAUGUAUUCAUGUACACAUAAAUGCCAACAAAUGUA